ACCGGCAGCGCAUGCGUGCAAUGCAUAGCUCCACUCUUAACAGAACUCCUGUCUACAAGGACAACGACGCUGUGACAACUUUUAAACUGUGACCAUUUUUUUUUUAAUUGAAAGUGUGGCUCAUGACCUCUGCGUUAUACCGAGGAUUGUUGACGCUCGACAGAGAUCUGAACACCGGAGUCCGGUUUGAAAAUAAGUGAUAAAGGAUUUUUUUGAAGCAGGAAGAUUGUGGUCGCUGGAGGACUUGAAUAACGACACACAGUGAGGAGACCAUGUGGUGGUUCCAGCAGGGUCUGUGCUUCCUGCCUGCGGCGCUGGUCGUCUGGACAGCGGCGUCCUUUGUCUUUGCUUACAUCACAGCGGUGUCGCUGAGGCACGUGGAUCCUCUGGUGCCUUACAUCAGCGACACAGGAACGAUGGCACCAGAGAGGUGUGUGUUCGGCAUAAUGCUGGAUGUGUCAGCCUUUUUAGGGAUAGCCACGGUGUACGUGCGUUACAAACAGGUGGAGGUUCUGACGGGUCAAGGCGAAUUCAAACUGAACAGACUGAACCGCUUUGGGCUGCUGCUCGGCUUGAUCAGCUCUUUUGGGAUGUGCGUGGUCGCAAACUUCCAGAAGACCACGCUGUUCUCCAUGCACCUGGUGGGGGCGGUGCUGACUUUCGGGGUCGGGGCUCUCUACAUUGUGGUUCAGACGCUGCUCUCGCUCCACAUGCAGCCUCACGUCCACAGCAGGACCAUCUACCUGGUCCGGCUCAGCGUCGGACUCUGGACCAUGAGCAGCAUCAUCAGCAUGUUCGUAUCGUCAGUCAUCAUGUACAGCAGUCUGCCGGGAGUGGACGUACCUCGCAAACUGCACUGGACUCCUGGAGAAACGGGUUACACGGCUCACAUUAUCAGCACCGUGUCUGAAUGGUCCCUCGCCUUCUCCUUCAUCAGCUUCUUCCUUACCUACAUCAGAGAUUUCCAGAAAAUUCAGUUGCGAGCUGAAGCAGAUGUGCAGAGCAGCCACCUGUACGACAACUGGCCACACAAUGGCGUCGCAGCCUCUGAGUCUUCUCCACUGCUGGCAGGAGGAACAUGACCAGCUGCAGAGCACCCCGCUGCUUUUAUACCAGUUUUAACUAUUUCUAAUCAAGCUUAAAGCCUUUUUAUAAAGACUCCCUUAAAGCUGGUUUGGUGGCUCGUAAAAAAACAUAUCCUCUCCCCUCUAGUGUUAUCUAUCCAGUCAAAUAGUUUGGGUUUUAUUCGUCCAAGUUUGGAGAUUUGGGAGAUAAUAUGAGGGGAAAGAGACAGAUUUUUUAUUUUUUAUUUGGGGCAAAUUAUCCUUUUAACCCAAAUAUGAGGCUUUGCACUUUUUCCUCAAACUGCAUCGGUCCUUCUCGGUGACUUACUCCACCUCAGCGCUGCACUUUAUGCACUUGAUGCUAUUAUAUUUUAAAACAUCCACUGUGGUUUAUUUUCAGUUAUACAUUAUACCUGCUCUUCCUUCACAUGUCUGUGAAGCCCACUGGGGUCAUAUGGUAGAAAAAAAACAUGCAUUUAAAAAUAAAACGUUAUUACAUUUGUCA